GGGAGGUCGACUGUCGGCUCAGCCACCCUCGCCAUGAACCCUAUCCAGAGUUUCCACUGUAAGCUGCGGGGUCUGGCCACCGUGCUGGACGGCGAGACAGCACGGCUGCUGCGAGCGCUGGAUGGCGAGGACAGCGACUUUGAGGAUUCUCCAAUGAGAAUUUUGUAUGACCUUCAUUCAGAAGUCCAGACUCUAAAGGAUGAUGUAAACAGUGUUCUUGAUAAAGCAAGAUUGGAAAGUCAAGAGAGCACAUGUUUCAUAAAGGCAACAAAAGUACUGAUGAAAAAAAAUUCAACAGACAUCAUAAAACUAAGAGAGUUCUUCGAGAAGUAUGGAUAUCAAACGCGUGACAAGGAAGAUGCAGUGUGUGAGCACGAAGGGAGUGAGUCCACCCCAGAGUUGGCUGUGUGUAAAGACAUUCAAGAGCCCGGCGUGGAGGAUGACCUCUCUGACCCAUAUGUUCCGAGCAGUUCUGUUUCUGAGAAGCCUCUGCGCAGCCCACAGCUUUCAGAUUUUGGACUUGAGCGGUACAUGGUCUCCCAAGUCCCAGCAAACCCUCCCCGGCCAGCUCACAGCCUUAAAGAAGAGUGUGUAUCUGAAACCCCUCCUGCCAAAGAGCCUUUUGUUAAAGUGCUAAAGACUCCCAGAUGUGCCAUAAAGAUGGAUGAUUUUGAGUGUGUAACCCCUAAAUUAGAGCACUUUGGUAUAUCUGAAUAUACUAUGUGUUUAAAUGAAGAUUAUACAAUUGGACUUCAAAACAUGAAGAACAUGAAAAGUGAAGAAGCCUGUGACCUGGCCACACAGACAGGGCCUGUGACCAGUGAUAGUUCUUGUGCCAUCCUUGAACCCAUAAUCCAGCAGCUGGAAAAAAAUGAUGCUGAAUACACAAGUUCCCCACUGCCACCUACAUUCUGCACUCCUGGUUUGAAAAUCCCUUCUACAGUGGGCAGUACAGAUUUGGUAUAUAAAAAUUAUCCAUUAUCAAAGCCAAAUAGUUCAAUGAGAGAUUUGGAAGACUGUGCUCCAUUGAUUUUAAAUUCAGAUGAAUGCUAUAAGAAUUUUGUAGACCCCCCUUCUCCUACAAUUACGUCUUGUGAAAAUCUCAGAACACCCAGUCCUCCAGAAGUCACUGCAAUUCCAGAAGACAUUCUCCAGAUGUUAAAGCACAAUCCAAACUUAGCUUCUCCCACAGAGGUUAAAGCGAUGCCACCCAGGAGAGGCUUCCUCAAGUAUGAGGGGCAGAACACCCGAAGUGCUGCCAACAAGGAAAACUGGUGA